AUGCGCGACAUGCCAUCCAAGUUCAUCGAGAUCCUCGAUCCCUCAGACAACCUGCGCAUCUCCGAUUCGGACGUCCGCCUGGAAGAUGUCCUAGCCGAUCACGAGGCCAUCGUCACUCGGCCUCGGUCCGCCACGAAGACCAGCGACCGAUCAGACCGGGAUAACUCCUCGUCGCCGUCGCAGCGUUGGAAGAGACUGAGCACUAUCCUAAUCACGCCGCGACGACAUUCCACAUCAUGA